CCAAUCGCCAACUGGCCUCAUUAGAACCGGACCGUCUUUCCAUUUCCUACCUCUCUCUCUCCCUCUCUCUCUGAUUGCAAGGUCCGAGAAAGCAAACAAUCUGAUAAUCAUCGUCUUUGAAUUUGGAUCGAACGUAUAUAGGGGAUGGCCUGCAGAGGGUGCUUUGAGUGCCUAUUGAAGCUUCUGAACUUCUUCUUAUCCCUGCUGGGUCUUGCCAUGGUGGGCUAUGGGAUUUACUUGUUAGUUGAGUACUUGCAAUCUUCUAGUGAUGUUCCAAGACCUCCGUUGAGUGGUGAUCAUGAUGUGAUUCAGCUUGGUCGACCAAUGCUAAUGGCCGUGUCUCUGUCUUCUAACAUCUUUGAUAACCUUCCAAGAGCCUGGUUCAUAUACUUGUUCAUUGCUGUGGGAGUCAUUAUCUUUGUUGUCUCUUGUUUUGGGUGUAUUGGAGCUGCCACACGUAAUGGAUGCUGUUUAAGUUGUUAUUCAGUUUUGGUGCUUCUACUGAUUUUGGUGCAACUAGGAUGUGCAGCAUUCAUAUUCUUUGACAAACAUUGGAGAGAUGAAAUUCCUGGGGAUAGAACUGGGAACUUUGAUAAAAUCUAUGAACUCCUGGAAGACAAGUGGGAAAUCAUCAGAUGGGUUGCAUUAGGAGCUGUAAUUUUUGAGGCUCUCCUUUUCUUGUUGGCCCUUGUGGUUCGUGCAGCAAACAGACCUUUAGACUAUGACAGUGAUGAUGAGUACAUUGCUCCAAGGCAACAAAUCCGACAACCGUUGAUCAAUAGGCCUGUUGCUCCUGCAACUGGUGUGCCUGUUGCUGGGACACUUGAUCAACGACCAAGCCGAAAUGAUGCUUGGAGUACACGAAUGAGGGAAAAGUAUGGGCUGGAUACUUCCGAGUUCACAUACAACCCAUCUGAGUCUCACAGGUUUCAGCAAGUUGCCCCACAGCCAGCAGAAGAAAAGAGCCGCUGCACCAUCAUGUGAUAAGUAUGUCUGUCUUGUAUUAUUUGUUUCACUCAACUCUAGUGUUUUAGUGGGUCGGAUGCUCGUUCUGCUUUGUGUAUAACCAAGAGAUUUUUCCAGAGUCUGUACUUGUGUAACCUUGACUUCCAAGGAAAAAAAAAAAGUUGUGUAUUUGUUGUGUGAAACCAUUCUUCUACAUUUGAAUUUCCUUUUUGUUCAAGAUGGAUGGGUCGACAUUAAGGACAAAGGAAAAUGCUCUGCUUGCUGGAAGUUACUUUUAA